AUGCCUUUCGCUUCACGCCCUGCCUCGCUGCUUGUGGAAGAUAACGGCAAUCUGGUCGGCACCUGGAAAGUGUUUCAGAUUAGCAGCAUUUCCAAACGCGUACUGGCUUGGAUUGGAGUUCCUUCCCUAACCGGGGUGGCGAUUCGUUCGGCUUUGGAAAAUCUCAAUCAGCAUGUCUUCAUGGUAGAGUCGAACGGGAAAGACUUCUCUGGGGCCCUGCUUGUAAAAGUCCUGGGUUGUCACAGAAUGUUUCAAAGACUCUGCGGCAGAGUUGUAGGGUUUUUGCGAUUUCAACCUGCCCAAAAUCGGCAGACCAACACUGCUAUCAACUUGGAAGAGGGUCUGGGUGAUACAGAUAUGACAGAGCAAGGUGAAGUUAAGGCUUGGAGAACUGUGACAUCAUGUUUUCUGGAUUUCAGAGGGAAGUCUAUGCCCAUCAAAGCUUCACAGAGCCUCACAAGCUAUCGAUUGGAUUCCAGCAGACCUGCGGUUGCGGUUGUGGUUGCGGAUGCCGUUGGAUGUCUUUCCGAGAAGAGCAAUGCUCUUGACGCUCAAGGUGAUUCUAAGGCAAACGCUUUGCAUCGAGCUGCUUGGAAAGGCAAAGAAGAGGUGGUUAGUGAUCUCAACCAGAAGGUUGAUCAGUAUGCAGCGGACAAAUAUGUUCAGCUACCGAUACACCUGGCGGCAGAGCGGGGGCAUGUCAAUGUAGUCAAAGCAUUGAUGGUUAAGUCAACGGACAUCAGAGAUGCAUCGGUGAUGAACAGACUGCGCUACAUCGCGCGGCUUGGAGCGCUACAAACAGCGUUACUCAUUGCAGCCACGCUUUCCUAUUUACCCGUGGUAAGCCUCCUGUUACAACGGGGCGCGAAAGUCAAUGCCAAAGACAAGCGCGGCAGGACUCCAAUGGCACGGGAGGCGCGCAACGGAGAUGACGAGGUUCUGAAGGCAUUUCUCCAACAUGGUGAUAUCGAGAUCAACUCGAUAGAUGAGCUUGGACAGACUUCACUGCACUUAGCAUCAUGGUACGGACAUACCCGUGCUGUAAAGCUGUUGCUCAAGCAUCCAGCCGUCGAUCGUAAUGCAACCGACAGUUUUGGACGAACCCCGGUCUUCAUGCAGGCUUGUAUGGUCAUCUCGACGUAG